AUGAGCGAGCCCCAGUUCUUCGAGACCAUCAGCAAGUCCUUCGUCGACGUCCCCGUCACCGAGGCCGGUGUCGACACCGCCGCCUUCCUCGAGGCCGCUGAGCAGGUCGUCAAGAUCUUCGGUGAGUUUGGACUUCCUGGGGUAGAACUAACGUUGCAGGUCUCUUUGGCAACCCUGCCUUCUCUGUUGUCCAGAACGACCUUACUGGCAACAUCAACCGGGGAAGGCCGUCCGCGGAUAGAGCUGACGUCGUUACAGAAGGUCCGCACCUACUUCCUCGCCAACCCGACCGAGGCUGCCACCCUUGAGUCCCUCCUCGCCCUCGACAAGGCCCAGCACCCGAAGCAGAAGGACCGUGUCGCCACCGACGCUCUUAUGUGGCUCCUCCGUGGCCUCAAGUUCACCUCGAUGGGUCUCCGAAACAACCUUUCCGCGCCCACUGAGGAGCUCUCGGCCUCGUUCACCAAGGCGUACGAGGGCUCCCUCAGGAAGUUCCACGGCAUGAUGGUCCGCCCGAUUUUCGCUCUCGCCAUGAAGGCCUGCCCCUACCGUGCUACCUUCUACCCCAAGCUCGGUGAGCCUCAGGCUGAGGUCCUUCCCAAGCUGGAGGCGUGGCUCGCCGCUCUCGAGGCGAUCGUUGCCCGCGAGGCGACCGUCUUCAAGGAGGGCGCCUACGGCGAGAUCUAA